AGUUAUGUUUGGAUUAGCUUUUCCAAUUAGAAAAUCACAUUCCAACACAGUUCUGAACAAAAAUUAAAGAAACUCAAAUAGUAGCUUUAUGUCACAUGCGUUUGAGAUGAACUUUCACACACAGAUUGAAUUAGACAUUGAAUUCACUAUAUAUAUUUGCAGCAGUAUGUUGUUUAUAUUCACACACUCACAAAGCUUCAGUCAAUACACAGCUUAAUGGAGUUUAAAAAUCUAUCAAUUUUACUUCUCCUUUUUUGCGCUCAUGUGGGAAUCAAUGAAUCUAAAUUAGAAGAAGAUUAUUGGAAGUCUGUUUGGCCAAACACUCCAACACCUAAAGAACUUUCAAAUCUGUUGUUGUCUGAUAAAGAAACCAGUACACCUAUCAAAAGUGAAGAAGAGAAACAAUAUUGGACCAUCUUUUUUGAACAUGACCUUUAUCCGGGGAAAAUAAUGAAUUUAGGUAUCCAUAAACAUUUAGAUACCAAAUCAUCAAAAUUAACAACACAUGUAACUCAUAGAACAAAUCUACCUUUUGGAGUAUGGAUUUGGUUUAAAGAAGAAAUUGAUAGAACAAAUCAACCUUGUGAAUUUAGUAUGUGUGAUAAAAAAGAAUCUGGAAAAGAAAAUCAACCUUUUAAAUUUAGUGUGUGGGAUAAAAAAGAAACUAGAUAUUUUGUAGCACACACAUCAGAUGAAAAAGAAGCUCACAUUCUUAACAACUAUUGUGGAACCCCAUCAGCAAUAGGAGAAGAUAAACAUUGUGCCCUAUCACUAGAAUCAAUGAUGGAUUUUUCUAUUUCAAAGCUUGGAAAGAAUAUCAAAAUGAUGUCAAGUUCCUUUGCUCAAAAUCAUGACAAAUAUGUAGUGGAGGAAGUAAAGAAAGUUGGAGACAAAGCAGUGAUGUGCCAUAGAUUGAAUAUUGAAAAAGUUGUAUUUUAUUGCCACAUGGUAAAUGCAACAACAACUUACAUGGUUCCAUUGGUAGCCUCUGAUGGAACUAAAUCAAAAGCACUAACUAUUUGUCACCAUGACACUAGAGGUAUGAAUCCUAUUGUCUUGCAUGAAGUUCUCAAUGUUAAACCGGGAACGGUUCCUAUUUGCCAUUUUAUUGGAAAUAAGGCUAUUGCUUGGGUACCCGAUGUAAGUCAGGCUAAUGAACAUCCUUGUAUUAUCUAGCCAAUUUAUAUAUUGAUCAAGAUCUUAUAUUUGGACUUGUUAAAUAAAACUAAAAUGUGAUAGUGCUAUGGCCAA